AUGGACAGAGGCUCAAGCUCAGGCUUAGGUUCAGGUUCAGACAGCAACGGAAAAGGAUACGCGUGGGCAGUUUCUGCCGGAUUUAACGCCGCUCUUGCAGCCAUUUCUGUAAAGCUCCCCCUUCACCAGUUUCUCAGAUACGGGAUGGUGUUAUUGUUCAAUGUAACGAUGUGGGCUUGCUAUGUCAAUAGCCUUAAAGCUCUCUCCUCUCUUCAGGCAACUGUCACCAAUUUCGCUACCAAUUUUAUAUCUUCCGGUUUAGCAGGUUUCUUCUUCUUUCGGGAAUCACUCUCUUUCCAGUGGUUUGCAGGUGCCAUACUUAUAAUAAUUGGUGUGGUAAUACUUAGCAACUCAAGUAUUGACGAGAAGGUUAGCACUGAUUAG